UACUAGUUUAUAUUUCAUAUACUUAGAUAUCACCAAAGUUUAUCACAACAAAUGGAUUUCAGUACUAAUGAGAAUGAAGAAAAUGAACUGUAUCAUGCUCAAAUCCAUUUGUACAAACAUUUAUAUAGUUUUAUAAGCUCCAUGGCUCUCAAAUCUGCCAUGGAACUAGGCAUAUCAGAUGCAAUUUACAAUCAUGGAAAACCUAUGACUCUUCCUGAAUUAGCAUCAGCUUUGAAACUCCAUCCUUCUAAAGUUAAUAUCCUCUAUCGACUGUUGCGCCUUUUAACACACAAUGGUUUCUAUGCAAAAACAACAGUGAUGAAAGGGGAAGAAGAAGAAGAAAAAACAGCAUAUGCUCUCACACCUCCUUCAAAGCUUCUCAUCAGAGGCAAAUCAACAUGUUUAGCACCAAUGGUUCAGGGAUCACUUAAUCCACUUGCUUUGGACAUGUGGCAUUCCUCCAAGAAAUGGUUCAAUGAAGAUAAGGAGCUUGAACUCUUCGAGAGUGCAACAGGGGAUAAUUUUUGGGACGUUCUGAACGAAGAUUCUGAUAAACUGAGUUUGUUUCAAGAUGCUAUGGCAGCUGAUUCUCAAAUGUUUAAGAUUGCACUCAAAGAUUGUAAGCAUGUUUUUGAGGGUGUAGAUUCUCUUGUUGAUGUUGGAGGUGGAACUGGUGGUGUCACUAAACUCAUCAAUGAAGCUUUUCCUAACAUCAAAUGCACUGUUUUUGAUCAACCACAAGUUGUGGGUAACUUAAUUGGAAAUGAAAAUUUGAACUUUGUUGGUGGAGAUAUGUUCAACUCUAUCCCUCCUGCAGAUGCUGUUUUACUCAAGUGGGUUCUGCAUGAUUGGAAUGAUGAGCUUUCCUUAAAGAUAUUAAAGAAUAGCAAAGAAGCUAUUUCUGGGAAAGGGAAAAAAGGAAAGGUGAUAAUCGUAGACAUAUCAAUUGAUGAAACAAGCGAUGAUCGUGAAUUAACUGAGUUGCAAUUGCACUUUGAUAUGGUGAUGUUGACUCUGCACAAUGGAAAAGAAAGAGAAAAGAAAGAAUGGGAGAAACUCAUAUAUGACGCAGGCUUCAACAGUUACAAGAUUACUCCUGUAUUUGGCUUCAAGUCUCUCAUUGAAGUUUUUCCUUAAUUUUAAUUAGAAGUUGGUGCAAUUAAUUAUGCUUCAAAUCAGAAGUCAAGUUUGUAAUGUUUAUUUUGUCCAAUUUGACAUGAGUUUUCUAAGAUUGUUAUUUACAUAUAGAUUUAACCUUGUUAUUGGUUUUCUCUCGAUAUAUAGAGGAAAUAGACAUAAAGUUGUUUUAAUUUUGAUAAAAGAGUGACAUUAUUUAUUGCGAUA